UCACCCCCAACCAUCCGUCUCUGUACAAAUCCAAUGCCCUGAUGGUGAUGCGAUAGUAAUGUGUCAAAAACAAUAAAAUCAUUUAUUAAUUAAUUGCGUAUCAAAUUCUCUCCUUGACACAAAACAACAAACAAAAGGGAAACGAAUGAGGGUAUUACCCAGUCACGUCAUGUAGAAAUCUAACCAACAGAUUAGAGACAAAACUUGGGAUUCUGAGGGAUCAUUUCGAAACAAACAAAUCCUGCAAUUCCACAUUGUGGUUUUGGGAAUUGUAUUGGGUUCUCGAACAGAGAUAUACAUAAACGUACAGAGGAGGAGGAGGAGGAGGAGAUAAAAAAAUGGGUUAUUGCCCGUGUUUUGGCUCGAGAAGGAGAAGCAGGCCAGAGAGGGAAGAGGAAAGAACGGUUAGCAGGAAGAGCAGGCUUGAAAUAUCUUCUUCUGAACCACGAAAAGAUAUUUCUGCUCCAAAAAAUAAGGCAUCUGCUCAAAUUGAGGCUCGGACGUUCACCUUGCAGGAGCUUAAAACUGCGACGAAUAACUUUGGCAGUGGAUCUUUCAUUGGGCAAGGUGGGUUUGGACCUGUUUACAAAGGUCACGUGGAAAGCACCGGUCAGGCUGUGGCUGUAAAGAAACUGGACCAAUCAGGUUGCCAAGGGGAGAAGGAGUUUCUCGUGGAAGUUCUCAUGCUUAAUCUUGCACAUCAUCCUAACCUGGUUAAUUUGGUCGGUUACUGUGCUGAUAAAGAACAGCGUCUUCUCGUCUAUGAAUACAUGCCCUUGGGAUCUUUGGAUGACCACUUAUUUGAUCUUGCUCCUGAGAAAGAGCCUCUUGAUUGGAAUACGAGAAUGAAGAUAGCUGCCGGUACAGCACGGGGAUUGGACUAUCUGCAUAAUAAAGCAAGUCCUCCAAUAAUAUACAGGGACCUCAAAAGUUCUAAUAUACUACUGGAUGAGGGGUUCCACCCAAAACUGUCCGAUUUGGGGCUUGCAAAAUUUGGUCCAACCGGAGAUAACACACAUGUGUCCACCAGGGUCAUGGGGACUCAAGGUUACUGUGCUCCUGAGUAUCUUCAAUCUGGAAGAUUAACCAUGAUGACUGACAUCUACAGUUUUGGGGUGGUUUUGUUAGAGUUGAUCACUGGGCGUAAAGCAGUAGACAACUCCAACGGCAGUGAAAAGUACCUCGUUAAUUGGGCAUUUCCGAGAUGGAAAGACCGAAUGAAUUUGUGGUUAUUAGCGGAUCCAUUGCUGAAAAGUCAGUUCUCAGAAUCUGUGUUAAAGAAAGUACUAGAGGUAGCAUUUAUGUGUCUCCGAGAUGAUGCAACUGCCCGUCCUUCAACUAGUGAGGUCGUGCUUGCUCUUGAUUAUUUGGCGUCACGCAAGUACAAGCCAAAUGAAGCAGGGAAUGGGAGUCCGAAAACACCAAGCUCUCCAACUGAGACAACAAGGAUGUUAGCCAGGGAUUUUAAUCGGGAGCGAGCCGUGGCAGAGGCCAAGAUGUGGGGAGAACAUUGGAGAGAGAAAAGACGUGACAUUGCACCAGACUUGGAAUCCGAUGCCUUCAACCGUUGGAUCAACCGAAUGAAUUCAGCGUGAACAAUAGCCGUGUGGAUUUCAGCACUGGUUGGUUUCGAUCGAUACUCAAAGCAUGUGAAGACAGAGUAAAGGGAAAUCCUAACAUUGUUGAAAACUGAUGCUGCAUUACAUAAAUUAUACCAGCAUUAAUAAAACACCUCUCUUUUUUUGUCAA